AUGGCUCCACAAGGCGAGGCUCAUUCCGAAGCCUCCGCUGCUGCUGCAGCAGCAGCAAAGGAGGAGAAAGCAGCAGCAGCAGCAGUAGUAGUAAAGGAGGAGAAGGCUGCUGCUGCAGCAGUAGUAAAGGAGGAGAAAGCAGCAGCAGCAGCAGCAGCAGCAGAAGUAAAGGAGGAGAAAGCAGCAGCAGCAGCAGCAGCAGAAGCAGUCAAAGAUGAGACAGCUGCUGCAGCAGCAAAGCAAGAAAAUGCAGCAGCAGCAGCAGCAGCAGCAAAUGAAGAAGCAGGCGAGAAGGUAGCAGAUAAACCCUCAGAUGAAGGCCCCAGCAGCAGCAGCAGCAGCAGCAGCAGCAGCUCGUCUGAGCCUGCUGAAGGAGGAGGAGCAGCAGCAGCAUCAGCAGCAGCAGCAGCAGCAGCAGCAGAGGCUCCUAAGGGUUCAAUAAAUUAUGCAGAACAAUACAUGAAGGCAAUGGGCCUCAGCAGCAGCAGCAGCAGCUGCUGCCGAGGGUUUGAUCUUGCUGCAGCAGCAACAGCAAGAGAUUUACCUGAUGAUUCAUCAGCAGCAGGAGAAAAAUCAGGGUUUAAGUUCCCUACUUUUCCUUCUAUACCUCAGCAGCAGCAGCAGCAGCAGCAGCAGCAGCAGCAGCAAGAGGAGCAGCAGCAGCAGCAGCAGGAAGGAAAUAAACAAAAUGAUAGAUUAGAUGAUACGUUUGCUGUCUUUAUGGAGGAAUUAGAUCGUAUACCCAACACUAACCCUAAAAAUCGUCGUGCUGCUGCUGCUGCAGUACUAGCAAGUGCAACAGGAGCAGCAGCAGCAGCACCAGUAACAACAGCAGCAAUAGGUACAGCAGCAGCAGAAUGUAUUCGAUUAACUUCUCAAUUAUUUUUAUCUCCUUAUCAAGCUCUUCUUCUUUCUCCAGAGGCUACAGAAGAAGAUAUAAAAAAACAAUAUCGAAAACUUUCUUUGUUGAUUCAUCCCGACAAAUGUAAACAUGAACUAGCACAUGAAGCAUUUCAAGUAUUGAAUAAGGAGUAUGAGAAAUUACAAGAAGAAGAAGUUAAACAAAGAUAUAAAAAUGUUAUUGAGGAAGCAAAAAAGAGAGUAAUUAAACAAAGAAUACAAGAAAAUAAACAAAGAAAAAAAGCUGGUGAGAAAUUAUUACCUGAGACAGAAGAAUCCUUAAGAGAAGAAAUAUUUAAUUGUUGUGAAUUAAUUCUUAAAGAAACAAAAGACAAAAAAGAAUAUGCAGCUAAAUGUAAGGCGGCUAAUGAGCAGUAUGAGAAAGAGAAAGAAGAUAAAUUAAUUGAAGAAGAAAAACAAAAAUGCAGAGAAAGAAACGAAUGGGUAAAAAAGAGAGAAGAACGUGUUGGUAGCUGGAGAGAGUACCAGGAGAGUCUAAAGAAGAAGGAAAUAGAGCAUAGAGCAUUUACUGGUCUUCGUCAUAUAAGAGAAGAAAGGAAGGAAGAAGAUAUCAUAAAAAAGAGACAAAAAGUACAAGGAAUUGAUAACUCUUAUAAGCUUAAUUGGAGAUAA